UUGAGAGUAGUUUGAGUUUGAGCCGAGAUCAGCCGAACUGAAAAAUUUGCCUUAUUUAUUUCCAGUUUAAUAUUUUAAUUAGUUAAUUGAUCACUUGUUUUUAAAGUAAAUUUUGUUAUAUAUAAGGUCAAGUUGACAAUGUCGCAAUACUUAUCCGAUGGUCCGUCCGAGUUGGAAUCGCAGUUUAUUCUACGACUUCCAGAGGCCCCUGCCUCUACGUUGCGAGAAGCACUGAAAAUCGGGAAUCCAAAUUUGAAGGAUCGAAUGAAACUAAAAUUAAACGAGGAUAUGCGACACGGCACGUUGUACUUUGAUCAUUUCGUCCUCCCCUCAAAGGUCGUAGAUCUCCCCUGUGUGCUUGAAUCUCAUAAAAGUAUUGAUAAGAAGGUUGUCUACAAAACGGCGGAUAUUUGUCAGAUGUUGCUUUGCAUGGAGGAGGAGGAGCCCCCAGAAGACGAAUCCUCUAAAGCCGUGGUCCCCAAGAAGAAGGAUGGCGUCAAAGUGGAUAAAAAGUUUAUUUGGCCGCACGGCAUUACUCCUCCACUCAAAAACGUGCGGAAACGUAGGUUUAGGAAAACGCUGAAGAAAAAGCAAUACCUUGACCAGCCUGAGAUUGAGAAGGAGGUUCGUCGCCUCUUGCGCACAGACUAUGAGGCUCACCAUGUUUCUUGGGAAGUAAUUGACGAAGAAGAAGACAAGACCAAGGAAGGCGGAGUAAAAGAUGUUCUCAUGCAAGGCUCCAAAACCAAUGAACCCUCCACCGACGCGGACAAUUCUCGCGUCGGUGCUGCCGAACUGUUCGGAGACGCGUUAAGUGAUUCAGAUGGGGAUGACGAGGACCUUCUCGACCGUGGCGAUGUGGACGAAGAUAACAGUAGGAUUUCCGUCGAAGAAGACAGCAGCCGGUUGUCGGACUCACAGUCGAUGUCAUAUCAAAAUCAGGACAUGCCUUCGUCGUCCAAGAAGUCGAGCUAUGUGACCUCCUUCUCGAAAGAUAUGUUUCUCACGCCCUCUGGUCCCUCCUCCCACGGCCGAACUUCCAAGUCGCCUGAUAAGAAGAGCAAACAGCAACAGCGACGUCGCACGUCCUCCGCAGAACAAAAGACCUCACUUACCAAGGCGGAAAUGGAGCUGCAGCUGGCCGAUUUGAAAAUGCAGUUGACGGAGAUAAGUGGGCGGAGGUCGAUUCAAGAAAUGGAGGUGGCCACCACCGAUAACGCGGCGCUCAAAAGCCGCCUCGAAACCGUGCUCAACAAAUUGGUCAUGGAUCAGACGGAGAAGGAACGAGAGAUUCGUGAAGUGGAAAUGUUCAUUAGUCAGUCACAUUUCUAAAUUCUGGACUGGAAGUGGAAAAUUUAUGGGAAAUGCGAUAGCGUUGAACUUUGUUUUUUAAAUGUACAAGUUUCAUUAUUUCUUUAAUUUUUAUGAAUUGAUCCCAAAAUAAAGUUAGUGACAAAUUCCUCAUCUUGUUCUAUGUCUUGAUAAUGAAUGGCAGAUAGCAUUCGAAAUAUUGACAAAUAAAGCAAACUUUUUCUACGUGUAAAA